AUGCCCGCCGACAGACUCCUCAACACAGUCCUGCAACUGUACCAAAACGUCCACGAUGACCGCAAGACGGACCAGAUAGUCGGCUCCACGACGAACCUCUUGACGUCCCUCUCGAACCCGCUGAACCUCGGCGUCCUCACCUCGCAGCUGCUGAUCGCCCCAGCGAUAUGGCACCGUCGCGACGGCCUGCGGACGAGUCUGCGCAUCAUCAGCAUCUACAACAGCGCCGCGAUCCGAGUGCGACAGAACGAGAUUGAUAACGCGAAGAACGCCCACGGGCCGCGGCAGGGCGGAUGCCUCGGCAGCGACGCCUGGGUGCGGGCGGUCGUCAAGGGCGCCGAUGACCGGUCCAAUAGAUGGCAGCAUCUGCUGGUCCUGACAGGCAUCUUGAUGGGCAUGGAGGCGAACGACAAGCAGUCGCUAUCGAGGGGUCUGCGCAACACGUUGGAGGAGGCCGUCGUCACGGCCGCGAAUCUCGCGCUGGAGCGUCAGGAUGGGUCGUUUGCCUCGGCGUCGAUUGUGCUCGCGCUCAAUUACGUCUUUCCGUACCUGUCCGAGUUCCGCCAGAGCAUGAUCAACUGCAAUGCGUUGCUACCGAUUACGGUUCUGGCCAUCACCGGAGAGGACGGAUUCCAGGAUGGUCGCUUCAUCGAUGACAUUCGUAAGGAUGUCAAGCAGCAUGGGCAGAUGGUUGACUGGCGUCCCAACUCGCCGUCGUUCGCGAUGCUGCAGACCAUGGAUAGCAAACCCUUGAUGGGCGGCAUGGGCCCGCUGUCGAGAUUGGCCGCCUUCGCCGUCACGAACGCGACCGACUCUGCCGUCGUGCUCGAGGCCCAGGACUCUUUGAUGGAGUUCACGCAGAAGGUGUUCCAGCAGUGGCGGUACAACCCGCUAUCGACGGUCGACGGCGCUGAGGAGACGGCACGGCUGGGUCAGGAAACGCUGGAGGGCUCGUGGCCGGUUUUGUGGCAAGUGUUGAAGAAGACGAUGUACGCGACGGUCGCUGUGAUGCAAGCCAUCGUCGGACGAAGUCUGCUUGAUCCCCGGAUGAGGAACGAUGUGAUGGCACCCCAAGUCGCGACCAAGUCGCUAUUCACCCUACGGAACCUGUUCUUCAUCUCUUCGAGGCAGGGAGCCAGCGCGUUCCAGGCGUACCAGUUCACCUACCUCACAUCUCUCGACAUCCUGGCCCGGUUCGCAGAUGCGUGCGUCGCAUUACUGACCGAAGUCAAGCCGCCUCACGCCGGAGUGGUCCCCCCUAACUUCCUGGACCGGACUCUGGACCUCUUCUACCUCAAUGUGGCAGAGCAUCUGCCUCUCAACAUGCCCACCGAAGCAUGUGACGCGCUGAUCGUCCGGCCAGCAACAGCAUACCUCACUCACACCGGCGUGCUGACGUCGACCAUGAUCGAGCUGUUCGAAGCCGCCCACAGCGCCAUCCUCUCCGUCCUGUCCUGCCCGCACACCGGCUCCUUGACCGUCGGCCUCGUGCCCUUCUACAUCGACGCCCUCUUCGCAUCCUUCCCCUUACAAAUUUCGACCCGGCAGUUCCGCCUCGCCUUCAAGACCGUCAUGCAGAUCGUCUCCCCGCCCUUCCCGAUCUCCCUAACAGAGCCCCAGCUCUCCGAGACCCUCCUCGAGAUGGUCCGCUUCAAGGCCAUGGGCGCGAGCACGACCCCGCUGCCCCUCACGCAGGACGCCAUAUCCCAGGCCGAGAAGGGGCUGACACCCGAGGAGCCCAUGUCGGAGCAGAGCUCGCUCGCGCUGACGCUCAUCGACUCGCUGCCCUUCCUGCCCCUGCCGCUCGUCGAGGACUGGCUGACGCUAACGGCGCGGACGAUGAACGAGAUCUCGGACCCCGUCUUGCGCCAGCCCGUCAGGGACCGCUUCUGGGAGGUCCUCGUCAGCGGCGAGAUGGACGUCGAGAGGGCUACGAUUGGUGUUGCGUGGUGGACUACCAAGGGCGGGAGGGAGCUGGUUCUGGGAGAGCAGCAGGUCCCGGUGAUGAGCGGUGCGAUUAUGGAUGAGGGGAGGUCGAGCAGACUGUGA